AAUGGAAGAGCGAUAACUUUCGGUUUGAGGGCGUUGAACGCCGUGGGGCUGGCGAGGCGACCGCUCCCGUAUAGAACGGCCCCAAAUUUUCCGAGGCCAGGUGCAGGAAACGCUCGAGUCCUCACACCUCCGUCCUUGCUUUGUUUUCCUUAGUCCUUGGCCUCAGAUCUCUUCUUCCCGUUUUCUCUCGCUGUGCUCGUUCUCGGAGAAGCCAUGGCGGAUCAGCUCACGGACGACCAGAUCUCCGAGUUCAAGGAGGCCUUCAGCUUGUUCGACAAGGACGGAGACGGUUGCAUUACGACUAAGGAGCUGGGAACUGUGAUGCGGUCACUGGGGCAGAAUCCAACUGAGGCUGAGUUGCAGGACAUGAUAAAUGAGGUGGAUGCUGAUGGCAAUGGGACUAUUGACUUUCCAGAAUUCCUCAACCUGAUGGCUCGCAAGAUGAAGGAUACUGACUCAGACGAGGAACUCAAGGAGGCCUUCCGAGUGUUUGACAAGGACCAAAAUGGCUUCAUCUCAGCUGCUGAGCUCCGGCAUGUCAUGACCAACCUUGGUGAGAAGCUAACAGAUGAGGAAGUUGAUGAGAUGAUUCGCGAGGCUGAUGUGGAUGGUGAUGGCCAGAUCAACUAUGAGGAGUUUGUCAAAGUCAUGAUGGCCAAGUGAUCCCUCAUGAUGACAUAAAAAAUGAGGAAAUUGCAUGGCAGAUAAGCAGUAAAAUGUCAUCCCAUUCCCUCUUAUGCAGGUAGUUUAUCUGGAUAGCUGUAGUUAUGAAACAAACAGGGACGACUCUAGUGCUCUUUUUGUGUCAUGGAUGGUUGUUUUCAUUACACUAUUCAUCCAUGGUUCUGUGAAUCUGGCCUGUGUUUCUAUCUUGUGAUGUUGGGUUUUGCUUGGAUAUUUAUGUAGACCUAUUUUUUGUUCCCUCUUUUCCUAACUGUUGCAAACUGGAACAACGAAGGCAUCCUCUUGCUUGGCCUUUUCUAUUAAAUUUAUAUUUUAUUGUGUCA